GAGCUGCCCAGCGGGGACCCCAAGGAGGGGCCUCUCCGGCAGGACCAGUGUCCCCUGGAGGUGGCACUAACCCCGGAGAAGGCCGAGGGCCGGGAGGGCCCCGCACAGCUCUUCGGUGCGGAGGAUGGCGAGAGGGCGGCCGCCUGCGAGGGCCCGCGAGGACUGGGCAGGAAGCGCCUGCACAUCGGCGCCGUCCGGUGUGAUGUCUCGGUGCAGGAGGACGACCGCCAGGAGUGGACGUUCACGCUCUACGACUUCGACAACAGCGGGAAGGUCACCAGAGAGGACGUGUCCAGCCUGAUGCACACCAUCUACGAGGUCGUCGACGCCUCCAUCAACCACUCCUCGGGCGGCAGCAAGACCCUCCGCGUGAAGCUGAGCGUCAGCCCCGAGCCCUCCGGCAAGAGGAAGGACGGCCCUCCCGCCGGCCAGGACCGGGAGCCCACGCGCUGCAGGGCGGAGGCCGAGCCCGCCGAGGACCCCCGGGUGGCCGACAGGAGGCUGUCCGCCCAUGUCAGGCAGGAGCACCACGCCAAGGCUGCACACCUGCAGAGCAGGUCCCGCUCCCAGGAGCCGGACGCCCACGUCCUGCAGCACCGCAGGUCCCAGGUGCUGGCCGACCACGCUGCACUGGCCGCUGAGCCUGUCCGGGCCCUGGAUACGCAGCCCCGGCCGAAGGGGCAGGAGAAGCCGCUGCUCAGGUCCCCCAAGGGCACAGGGAAGCCGCCCGGGCUGCCCGGCGGCAGCAAGCCCGGCAGAGCCUCCGGCCACUACCUGCUGGCCCAGGCCCCGCCGGACGCCCACCACCCCCCGCAGCCCCCGCCCUACGGCCACAAGCGGUACCGGCAGAAGGGCAGGGAGG